AUGGAAAACGGUAAUCAAUCAGGCGAUCUACAGCAGCCGGAAACAGUUGAUAUUCCUCCCACGCGUUUCGAGGUGGAAUUGGAAUUUGUGCAGUGUUUGGCAAAUGUCCCAUAUGUGUUGUUCUUGCUCAGCCAACAACAAAUCUGGCGGGACCCAAAGUUCAAAGCAUAUUUGAAGUAUUUGGAGUAUUGGUGCGAGCCUCCUUACGCUCAGUGCAUCGUGUAUCCUAAUUGCCUGUUCAUGCUCCGACUCUUGAACGGGUUCAUGGCGUCAGCGACGGUUAAUGAAGAUGGUCUUCUGGAGGGCCACGAAGACCUUCCCAAAGUACUCCAAAGCCAGGGUAGUCAGUGGAUGAACGAAAUGGUAGAAAGGUGGAGCACGUGA